AUGAGCAAGUGCGAAUGCAUCCCUGGUACCUCAUGCCAUUGUGCCGAGGGCGAGUGCAAGUGCUUGGACUGUCACUGCAAGCAGUGCAAGAACAGCUGCGAAUGCGAAGAAGGAAAGCCUUGCGAAUGCGCCAAGGGUGACUGCAAGUGCAAGAACUGCCGCUGCAAGCAGUGCUGUCACUGCGAGGAAGGCAAGCCAUGCCAUUGCGCGAAGGGAGGCUGCAAGUGCAAGAACUGCCGUUGUAAGGAGUGCUGCGACUGCGAGGAGGGCAAGCCGUGCCACUGCGCCAAGGGUGACUGCAAGUGCAAGAACUGCCGCUGCAAGGAGUGCUGCAACUGCGAGGAGGGCACGCCAUGCCACUGCGCCAAGGGAGACUGCAAGUGCAAGAACUGCCGUUGCAAGGAGUGCUGCAAAUGCGAGGAAGGCAAGCCUUGCCAUUGCGCGAAGGGAGGCUGCAAGUGCAAGAACUGCCGCUGCAAGGCGUGCUGUGGCUGCGAGGAAGGCAAACCUUGCCACUGCGCGAAGGGUGACUGCAAGUGCAAGAACUGCCGCUGCAAUGAGUGUUGCGGCUGCGAGGAAGGCAAAUCCUGCCAAUGCGCCAAGGGGGCCUGCAAGUGCAAGCAGACCGGGCAUUGG